AUGGAUUCAUCAACCAAUUACAGCAAUACGGGCACAGGCGGAAAAUCAUAUACUACCCAUAAUUCUACUCCAUCACCCUUCCAUACUUCCCCUCAAACCAUACCUGGUGGUACUGGUACCAACACGGGUGGCACUUCACCCCAUUCCUCAUUGAAUCAACAGCCUUCACCGCUCGUUCCAGCUUACCUCACUCGAUAUCCCACUUCCUCGGAUCAAUUCGGUCCUUCACCUCCUUCCGGUUCUGGAAGAAGACCAACAUUGACAAGCUCUAUAUCGACAUCGAACUAUCCUGAUAGUUUAGAUAUGUACCAUACCAAUCAUAACGGAGGAGGAGGAAGAUCAGAUAGUUUUAGUCAAACGGGGAAUUGGCCUGCUCUACCGUCUACUUCCGCAGGAGGAGUGAAAGAAGAUAGAGGGUGGAACAAUGAUAAUCGAUAUUCAAUUUCUUCUUCUUCUUCAGCAAAAGGGAGAUAUAACACACAACAACAGCAGCAGCAACAACAGAUAACUCAUCCACCUCCUCAUACAGGUCAACAAACCCAGACGCAGAAAAUCUUCCCCAGUGCUGGACCGACAGCUAAAAGAGGAUCGAAAGCUUGUGUGGCUUGUAGAAGGGGUAAGAACAGGUGUGAAUUCGAUCCGACAGGAUCUGAAACUUCCUGUAGGAGAUGUCUCUUAAACGGAACACAAUGCAUAUUCGAGAAACCAUCGGAGAAAUCGGGUGGAGGAGCAACGAGAAAUAGGAAUGGAAGUAUCAACCAAAAUCAGAAUCAGAUGAAUCAACAGAGUGGAAGUAGUAAUGACGGAACAGGAAUGUCAAACGAAGCAGAAAGUAAGAUCAAUAACCUGGAGAAAACUGUUCAAUCUUUGACUCAAAGUCAAGAUCAAAUUCAGAAUGUUUUACAACAAAUACUUCAGUUGUUACCUCCCCAAUCACAAGGAAAUCUACCUACACCUAAUACAUCGUCUAUACCGAAUUUUAGCAAUCACUCUCAGCAGCACCAACAUCCUACGGCUAUAGCUACUUCGAGUAUCUUCCCAUCUUCCGUAUCCCCCCCCUUUCACCAGAACCUUAAUCAGAAUAAUCAAGGGAAUGAAAGACAGGAUGAUAUGAUCUUGCAAGCGUUUACAGCUGGUGGGAAUGGGAGUAAGUUGAAAUCACCUCAGAAUACUGCCAGUGGUAGAUCGCUGUCCAUGUCGACUACGAUCAAUACCACCACGGCCAAUCAGUUGCCUACACCUGGAAAGAGGGAUUUCCCUAAAUUACCUGGGUUUGCUCCUCCUGCUCAUCAAUUCGGUACAUAUGGAGUAAUCCCAUUACCUUCCGCACCUCCGUCCCCAUCUCGCUCAAGACAUUCCUCACGAUCAUCCUCCUCUCACUCAGCUACUUCGUCCAGCGCAUUACCCCGAGAGACACUUACAGCUCCAAUCCAGGCCUUACAGGCACUUGCCAAUGCUGCCGACCAGAUAGCCAAGACCUCGCCGGAGAACAACGGCGAAGUAGAAGAAGAGGAAGAUACCAAGGAUGUGUUGAUGGCUGAAAGAGAGGAAGGAGGAGGUGAAGAAAGGGGUAGAUCCAGAAAGAGGAAAAGAGUAUUGAUCGAUCCGAAUUUGGAUCUGAAAUCUAUGGCGAUGUCUCUCAGGGUGAAAAAGAAGAAAAAACCUGAUCCCACUCCACGAAACCCCUUCCCUGAUGUGGUUACCAAGGGAUUGGUGAGCGAACAAGAAGCGAGAGAACUGUGGGAUAUCUUCUUUAAAGGAUGUCAUUAUUUUGUGCCCCUGUGGGAUAAGAGUUAUGAUACCUAUGAGACUUUUAUCGUGAGGACACCGUUCUCAACUGAUGCUUUAUUGGCAGUAGCCGCUAAGAUCAGAGCAGGAAAUGGCCCAUUAGGUCAGACGUUCCAGAGAUGUUUGGAAGAAGCUCAAGGUAUAGCUAGAUCGACAUUGUUUGGACCGAUAGUCAGGAAGGAAGCAGUCAUGGCGAUGUUGAUUUUGAGUGUGUGGAGUCAGAAUGGCUGGUUGCCUUGCGGCCACGCCCUUCGUAUGGGGUUGGAUAUGAACCUGCAUCGGGCAUUAGAUAGGCUGGCUAAUAAGGAUGAAGUGAGGCCUGAAGCUGAUGAGAGGGAUCUGGUUGUUUCUGCUCGAAUAUGGUUGAACUGUUAUAUGCAUGAACAUCUUGUCAGUCUGGGAACUGGUAAACCAUUAUUGUUGAGAGAUGAUUCUUCCGUCAGAGGUGCGAGGGAGUUAUUAUCACACCCCAUGGCUUCAGAGACAGAUAUGAGAUUAGUAGCUGGUGUCGAAUUGGUCAAUCUGCGAAUCCGAAUCCUAGAGCAUCUCACUCCCUUGCAUGGUAAGAUCGAUUCAGCGACUAUAUCGUUUGUCAAGCGCAUGUUAUCAGAUUUGAACUCGUGGUACAAGGAAUGGUACUCUAUCCACAGAAGUCGAUAUGACGAUGAAGAUGUGCUGGUGAAGUUGCUAGAGACGGAAUUGUGUUAUGCACAACUUUGGACGGUGUGCGUGGCGCUUCGAGGAGUCCAAUGGGAUAAGCUCGCCCCGGAUCAACGUGAAUUGGCGUUCCAAGCUAAAGACGCAUCGUUCAGAUGCCUGGAGAUCUUCCUAAGACAUGAUAACUUCAGGAGACAUCUGAAAUACGCUACGCACGAUCAACUUGUUUCGGUAGCUUUUGCUGCGGUGUUCUUGUUGAAGAUUGCGAUGCUUUACCCUACUUCUGUCCCACUGCCAUUCCUAAUCUCUCAGGUAUCGCAACUUGCCCACCUACUCUCUGCGGAAUGUUUCGCCGAACGAUAUGCUCUAACUUUACGAUUGAUGUUAUCGAAUUUCAGAAGGAAGACAGGUGCCAUGUCUACCGUACCUGGUACACCUAGAUUAUCCGUAUCUGCCGGACAGAACCAUCAUCAAGGUCAAACAUUACCUUUUCAGCCGGCUCAUAAUAACAACAAUAAUGGGUUGAACGUGAUUGGUGAUUUAGAUGGAGGAUUACAAAGUCUAUUAUCGUUACCUUCAUUUGAUGGACUGGAUAAUACCACGAAUGGUAAUGGUGGAGAGAUAUCCGGAGGAGUAACGGAUCAGAUGUGGGAUAUGACUGGAUUAGAAGGAUUCAAUUGGCCUACGGAAUUUAGUCCCUCGGCGUUACCUGUUUGGUUACAGGAUGGUAACGUGAAUGAUUUGGGAUUACCCGCAGAUGGAUCGGAUUCGUUAUUCUUACCACCAGAACUCGCCAACUUGUUCUUGCCAUCUACCGGAAGUCAGACGUUUGAUCAAUACGUCUUACCUGAUAGUGGUGAUGUAGGAGCGGAAGCUUGGUAG